AUGGCGGCGGAGCGGGACAUCGACGACCUGCCGCGGAACGAUGCCAACUACACGGCGCUCACGCCGCUCUGGUUCCUCGAGCGCGCCGCGCUGACCCACCCGGCCAGGGCCUCCAUCGUGCACGGGCCCGUGCGCUACACCUGGGCCGACACCUACAGCCGCUGCCGCCGCCUCGCCUCCGCCCUCGCGCGCCGAUCCGUCGGCCACGGAAGCACGGUAGCUGUAAUAGCCCCAAAUAUCCCAGCGAUUUAUGAAGCUCAUUUUGGAGUGCCCAUGGCUGGGGCAGUGGUCAACUGUGUCAAUAUUCGACUAAAUGCUGCCACUGUAGCAUUUCUCUUGGAGCACUCCUCUGCAGAAGUUGUCUUGGUUGACCAAGAAUUUUUCACCCUGGCAGAGGAUUCUUUGAGGAUUAUCGCGGAUCAAAAGAAAGGUGCUUUCAAACAGCCACUUCUAAUAGUUAUUGGUGACCCAACUUGCGAUCCAACAGCCCUCCAAGAUGCUUUGAGAAAAGGAGCCAUCGAGUAUGAGGCGUUCUUGAAAAGUGGAGAUCCUGAAUUUGCUUGGAGACCACCACAGGAUGAAUGGAAGAGUAUCGCGCUAGGUUAUACUUCUGGGACAACUUCUAACCCAAAGGGUGUGGUAUUGCAUCACAGGGGUGCUUACCUAAUGUCACUGAGUGGUGCUUUGAUAUGGGGAAUGAACGAAGGUGCUGUUUACUUGUGGACUUUGCCAAUGUUCCAUUGCAAUGGCUGGUGCUAUACAUGGACACUUGCUGCUCUCUGCGGGACAAGUAUAUGUCUUCGUCAGGUUUCAGCAAAGGCCAUCUUCUCAGCGAUAGCCAACCAGGGCGUGACUCACUUCUGCGGGGCACCGGUCGUCCUGAACACCAUCAUCAACGCCCCUCCGGCGGACACGAUUCUCCCCCUGCCUCGUGUGGUCGACGUCAUGACUGCUGGCGCUGCUCCGCCACCCUCCGUCCUGGCGGCAAUGUCGAAGCUUGGGUUCCGCAUCACUCACACCUACGGCCUGUCGGAGACCUAUGGACCAUCCACGGUGUGCGCCUGGAAACCGGAAUGGGACAGCCUGCCAGCCGACGAGCGCGCCCGCCUCCACGCGCGCCAGGGCGUCCGUUACGUCGGCCUGGAGGGCCUGGACGUCGUGGACCCGAAGACGAUGGCGCCCGUCCCGGCCGACGGCACCACGACGGGGGAGAUCGUGAUGCGCGGCAACGGCGUCAUGAAGGGGUACCUGAAGAACCCCAAGGCGAACGCGGAGGCGUUCGAGAACGGGUGGUUCCACUCGGGCGACCUGGGCGUGCGGCACGGCGACGGGUACAUCGAGGUGAGGGACCGCGCCAAGGACAUCAUCAUCUCCGGCGGGGAGAACAUCAGCAGCCUGGAGGUGGAGAAGGCGGUGUACCUGCACCCGGCGGUGCUGGAGGCGUCGGUCGUGGCCCGCGCCGACGAGCAGUGGGGGGAGUCGCCGUGCGCGUUCGUCACCCUCAAGGACGCCGUGGAUCGCUCUGACGAGGCGGCGCUGGCGCGAGACAUCAUGGGGUUCUGCCGCGAGAGGCUGCCCGGCUACUGGGUGCCCAAGUCCGUGGUGUUCGGGCCGCUGCCCAAGACGGCGACCGGCAAGAUCAAGAAGCAUGAGCUCAGGGCCAUGGCCAAGGAACUGGGCCCGGUCCGGAAGAGCAGGAUGUGA